AUGGUGGCCCAGGAAGCACCCCCGUCCGGUCCCGUUGGAGGCCCAAACGAAGCAUCGCCUGCACCCCGCAGCGACAGCAACCCACUCACUUAUGCGAGCAUGGAGGAGUACGUGCGUCUUCAGAAGGGCUCUCGGCCCAUCACGUCCGUGCUCAUCGCCAACAACGGCAUCUCAGCCGUCAAGGCUAUUCGCAGCAUCCGCAGCUGGAGCUACGAGAUGUUUGCAGACGAACAUGUUGUUAGCUUCUUUGUCAUGGCUACACCGGAAGACCUCAAGGCCAACGCCGAAUACAUUCGUAUGGCUGAGCACGUUGUCGAAGUGCCCGGUGGAUCGAACAACCACAACUACGCCAAUGUCUCGCUCAUUAUUGAGAUCGCCGAACGGUACAACGUCGACGCUGUCUGGGCGGGAUGGGGCCACGCCAGUGAGAACCCGCUGCUGCCGGACUCGCUGCUUCAGACGGAGCGCCAGACCGUCUUUAUUGGUCCCCCAGCCAAGCCCAUGCGUGCCCUAGGCGACAAGAUUGGCUCCACUAUCAUCGCUCAAAGCGCCAAGGUGCCCACUAUCGCCUGGAAUGGCGACGGCAUGCAAGUCGAUUAUAAGGCACACGACGGCAUCCCCGACGAGAUUUACAACGCGGCUAUGCUGCGCGAUGGCCAGCACUGUCUUGACGAGUGCAGGCGUAUUGGCUUUCCCGUCAUGAUCAAGGCCAGUGAGGGCGGAGGUGGCAAGGGCAUUCGUAUGUGCCACGAAGAAUCCCAGGUGCCCAGUGCCUGGGAGGCCGUGCGUGGUGAAAUUCCUGGAUCGCCCAUCUUUGUCAUGAAACUGGCGCCCAAGUCACGCCACUUGGAAGUGCAGCUGCUCGCCGACACCUUUGGCAACGCCAUUGCUCUUAGCGGCCGUGACUGCUCUGUGCAGCGUCGCCACCAGAAAAUUGUAGAGGAAGGACCCGUGCUUGCCCCUAGCGAGGAGGUGUGGGAAAAGAUGAUGCGCGCCGCUACUCGCCUUGCCAAGGAGGUCGAGUACGUGAAUGCCGGUACAGUUGAGUACCUAUUCAGCGAGCUACCGGAGGACAAUGGCAAUUCGUUCUUCUUUUUGGAGUUGAACCCGCGUCUGCAAGUGGAGCACCCGGUGACGGAGAUGAUCACUCACGUGAACCUGCCGGCGGCUCAGUUGCAAGUUGCGAUGGGCAUCCCGCUAUACUGCAUCCCGGAUGUGCGUCGCUUGUACAACAAAGACGCCUACGAGACGACCCCUAUCGAUUUUGACACGGAAAAGCAGAAGCCUCCGCAUGGCCACGUAAUUGCAGCGCGUAUUACGGCAGAGGACCCAAAUGCUGGCUUCCAGCCGACCAGUGGAGCUAUUCAAGAGCUAAACUUUCGUAGUACGCCCGACGUCUGGGGGUACUUCUCAGUGGAUUCGUCUGGUCAGGUGCACGAAUUCGCCGACUCGCAGAUUGGUCACCUGUUCUCAUGGAGUCUGACUCGUGAAAAAGCUCGUAAGAAUAUGAUCCUUGCGCUGAAAGAGCUGUCCAUUCGUGGUGAUAUCCAUACGACUGUCGAGUACAUCGUGAACAUGAUGGAGUCGGACGAUUUUAAGUACAACCACAUCUCAACAUCGUGGCUGGAUGAACGUAUUUCACACCAUAACGAGGUGCGUCUGCAAGGUCGCCCUGACCCCCUGAUGGUGGUUUUUGUCGGUGCUGUGUGCUGUGCGUAUCAGGCAUCGAACAAGCUUCAAGAGGAGUACGUCAGCCAAAUCGAGCGUGGUCAGCUGCCUCAUAACGACUUUUUGUCGCAAAAGGAGGCGCUGGAACUUAUUUACGAGGGCAUCAAGUACAACAUCAUGGCGUGCCGCAGCGGUCCAAUCCAGUUCACACUGUUUUGCAACGACUCCUACGUGCAGGUAGAGAUUCGAACGCUAUCGGACGGUGGUUUUCUUGUCUUGUUAAACGGCAAGUCACACGUUGCGUACGCAACUAAGGAAGCACAGGGUCUACGUCUCGUUGUUGACAGCCACACGUGCGUGUUCACUAAGGAGUACGAUCCGACUCGCUUGGUGACGAACACAGCCGGUAAGCUUGCUCGCUACUUGGUAGACGACGGCGCUAGUCUGCGUCGUGGUAUGCCGUAUGCUGAGAUUGAGGUGAUGAAGAUGUACAUGCCGCUGUUGACGCCGGAAGCUGGUGUCAUUCGACUGCUAAAGUCUGAGGGUGCUGUCCUGGCACCCGGUGAUUGCAUUGCUACGAUGGAACUCGAUGAUCCGUCGUGCGUAAAAAAGUCCGACGUAUACGUGGGCAAACUUCCGUCGUCGGAGAAUGUGAACGGAAAUAGCACGAAGGCCGUGCACAAGAUGCGCAAGGCGUUGGCGCUUUUGAAGAGUGUGCUUCAAGGCUACUUUGCUCCGGAUGACCUCACACAAAAAGCACUUACCGACUUAUUUCAAGUACUGAAAAAUCCCCUGUUGCCUGUGGAGGAGAUCAAGGAGGCUAUGUCGUCGUUGGCUGGCCGCAUUCCGCUUGACGUGUUCGCGAAGAUUACAGACAAGAUUCAGACAUUUAAGAAAGCGGUGGUUGAGGAACCUACGGCUACCCACGAGUUUAACGUGGCGGAGGUGGUUGACAUACUCCACGAGCACAAACAAACGCUCACGACGGACCGUCAGCGCUCGGACUUUGAGGCCUCUGUGCUGAAACUACGCGAUAUAGCCGUGAAGUACAAGCACGGCCUGCAGUCUGGCCAAGAAGGUAUACUGACAGAGUUGGUCAACGAGUACUUCAUGGUUGAGACCGUGUACGCGAACUCGCACAACGUUGAAGAUGUGGUGAUGACUCUGCGUCAACAAAACUCGGCUGAUCUGAACAAGGUCUACGCAUUUGCUCGUUCCCACCAAGCACUAGAAGCGAAAAAUAAGCUACUGCUGCAGCUGCUUGUCCAGAUGGCACGCGACACCCCUUUCAAGUCGAUGAAGACGUCAGCGUUUGUGCCGCUUCUUGAGAAGCUUGCUACACUCAAGGAAAAGCAGUAUUCGCUGGUAGCUCUGGAGGCGCGCCAGCUCCUGAUUGACAACAAAAUGCCUUCCUACCGCGAUCGUCUCAACCAAGUGGAGAAGGUGCUCACCAGCUACAUUGCUGACGACUCAUCUACCGAUCUAGCUACUGCUUGCAGCAAUCUUCUCGAUCAGUCGCAGCCGCUCUUUGACCUGCUCAUCUCGCUCCUCGAUCACGAGGAGCAACGAGUCCGCGAAUUGGCUCUUGAACUGUACGUGCUGCGAGUGUACCGCUCGUACAUUAUUGAGUCUAUGGAGACCAUGACCUUCAACGACAUCUUUGCGAAGACGUUUCAGUUCAAGUCACCCGUCGUCGAUGCAUUAGCCGUCGGAGUCUCGCCUGCUGAAAGCUAUGACGACCUAUCAAGUCUACUGCGUCGCAACAGCUCUGCUAGCUCGCUGGACUCGCACAAUUCGGACAGUAGCGAAGAGCGGGAAAUGGUUGAGAAACCGCUUGCCAAGCCUGUCGAGACUUAUCAGAAGAUAUCCGCAGACUCCGAGCGUCAUGGCGCCAUCGUUCGUGUUGCAAACCUAGCGAGUUUUAAGACGUCGUUCACGGAUAUUAUGGCCCUGUUUCCGCUUGCGAAGAAGACGUUAUCGGUGAGGAGAGACCCGCUCGUGAAUGUCCUGCAUAUUCUUUUAGUGGACGAGCACUUGGACGAGACGGAUUUAUUGGAACAGGCUCAGUCCUACCUCAAGUCGGUGGACCAGGACUUACGCGCGCACAAUAUCCGUCGUGUGACGUUUUCAGUGCGCCCGCAGAACAUCGAAAGCGUAUCCGUACACAACGCUGAUAUGGCUCUGUACCCGAGCAUUUAUACUUUUCCUGGCCGUCUCAAGUAUAGCGAAGACACGAUAUUACGCCAUAUCGAAGCUCCGCUUGCCUAUAAGCUGGAACUGCGUCGUUUACAAAACUACAGCGUCACCCCGUUGGCGUCGGAGAACAAGAACAUGCACUUGUACCUGGCCAAGAUUAAGGAAUCAGACUCGCAUAUCGUGACUGAUCGCUUCCAGCGUAUCUUCGUUCGUGCCGUCGUGCGCCAACUUGACCACGAUGGCAGUGGCUCUCGUUCGCAGUAUGACGCCUACCCUGGCCCGGAACGCUCACUCGUUGACGCUCUGAACGCCCUGGAGGUGAACUUGUCGAACCCUCUUGUGAAGAAGUCGUCGCUACCGACGAAGAACAACCACGUGUACCUGAACAUCCUACCGCAGGCUAUCGUAGACCCGCAGUACCUUGAGGGUGUGAUUCGCAUUCUAGCCUACCGCUAUGCCGAGCGUUUGGAACAGCUGGGUGUGUCAACAGUUGAGCUCAAGAUCAUAGCACGAUUCAACAGCGAAGCCACGGCGAUCCCUGUGCGCCUCGUGGCAGAGAAUCCGACAGGCUAUGUGGUUCGAGUACAAGCAUAUGUUGAGGCUGCUGGUCACGAUGAGCCAAUCUUUACUUCCAUCGGUGACGAGACUCACGGUGAGCUUGAUGGUAUGCCAGUCACGACGCCGUACCCUGUUGUGUUCCCGUUCGACAAGAAGCGUCAGAUGGCUAAGGCGAUGUCGAAUACGGUGUACGUGUAUGACUUUCUCGAGCUUAUUGAGUACAACCUGCUACGUCAGUGGCGCAAGUACGUGCAGCAGCGUGCCCGCGGUGGCGGCUCAAAGAUCACCAUCCCAAACCUGCUCAUGGAGACGCGCGAGCUAAUCCUCGAUUCGACGGGCAAUGCUCUCACAGAGACAUCACGCCCUCGCGGUCAGAAUAGCAUUGGUAUGGUGGCGUGGCUACUGACGCUGUACACCCCGGAGUUUCAUGACGGACGUGAGAUCAUCGUUAUUGCCAACGAUAUUACGUUCAAGGCUGGCUCUUUCGGUACUCGCGAAGACACGCUGUUUGACUUAGCGUCGAAGCUGGCCCGCUCGAAGGGCAUCCCUCGUUUUUUUUUCUCUGCAAAUGCUGGCGCUCGUAUCGGUAUGGCCGAGUCGAUCAAGGCUUUGUACAAGAUCUGCUGGAAGGACGACGCGAAUCCGACCAAGGGCUUCGAGUACCUUUAUCUCACAGCUGAAGAUUAUACGAAUGCCGCGCGUGAGGGCGCUGUCAACGCAGAGCUGCUGGUCACCAGGUCCGGCGAGGAGCGCUAUGUGCUCAAAGACAUUGUAGGUCGCGAGGUCGAUUUGGGUGUAGAGUGCCUGCGUGGCAGCGGUACCAUCGCUGGUGAAACGUCGCGGGCCUAUCAAGAUGUGUUCACACUAACGUACGCCUGCGGCCGUAGUGUCGGUAUCGGUGCCUACCUGGUUCGUUUAGGCCAACGCACCGUGCAAAAUGCUACGCAUUCACCGAUCAUUUUGACCGGUUAUCAGGCCCUGAAUAAGCUCAUGGGCAAGGAAGUGUACACCUCAAACGACCAGCUGGGUGGUGUGAAGAUUAUGCACACGAAUGGUGUGACGCACUUGACGUCGAAGAACCACCUGUCGGGUAUCUACUCGAUUCUCGAAUGGUUAAGCUUCGUACCGGCGGUUCGCCGCGGUCCCCUGCCUAUACGUGACUUGGUGGGAAUGGACGAGCUCGAGCGCACUGUGGAUUUCUGUCCUAAGGACAAGAGUACACAGUACGAUCCGCGUGCGCUGUUGGCAGGUAAGGUUGACGAGGUGGCGGGCAAGUGGGUGUCGGGGCUCAUGGACAAAGAUUCGUUCCGUGAGACGCUUGCCGGCUGGGCCAAGAGUGUGAUUGUUGGACGUGCCCGUCUUGGUGGUAUUCCUUGCGGUGUGGUGGUCACGGAGGUGCGCACUUCUGAGAAAAUUAUCCCGGCUGACCCGGCAGCGCCUGCGUCACAGGAAAAUUUGAUGCAGCAGGCUGGUCAGGUGUGGUUUCCCGACUCGGCUCACAAGACUGCUACUGCCAUCAAGGACUUCAAGGGCGAGGAUUUGCCGCUAUUUAUCCUGGCCAACUGGCGUGGAUUCUCCGGCGGUCAGCGCGACAUGUUCGAUGAGGUGCUCAAGUUUGGUGCUGCCAUCGUGGAUGGUCUUGUCAACUACGAGCAGCCAGUAUUUGUGUACAUACCACCAUUUGCUGAGCUACGUGGUGGCGCCUGGGCCGUGGUGGACCCAACCAUUAAUGAAGGCGUCAUGGAGAUGUACGCAGACCCGCAGGGUCGUGGUGGUGUGCUGGAGCCUGCUGGUCUCAUCGAGAUUAAAUACCGCAAAAUGCAGCUUCUACAGACAAUGCAUCGUCUUGAUGACAAACUCAAGCAGCUCACUGCCCGACUGGCCGAGCUGUCGCCCGCAGAAAAGGAGACUGAAGGUGCUAACCUAACGGCUAAGAUCAAGUCCCGUGAGGACACCCUACUACCGAUCUAUGUACAAGUAGCCACGGAGUUUGGUGACCUUCAUGACACACCCGGUCGCAUGAAGUCCGUGGGCUGCAUUCGUCAAAUUGUGCCCUGGUCAAACUCGCGCAAAUUUUUCUACUGGCGUUUAAAGCGUCAGCUCGCAGAAUUUUCUCUACGCCGCCAGGUCGUGGCCGCCAGCGCUGGCGGUCCUCGUUCAUCGACGUUCGUCAGCUCCGAGCAAAUUCUUAAGGGCUGGUUCACAGAGGCUGUGAACGGUGGCCGUGUGCCUCGUCAACAGAACGUGUCCGUGUCCGAUCUUUGGUCGCACGGUGACUGUGAUGUGCUUCUGUGGCUGUCAAGUGACAAGGAAUGGAUCGCUUCGCGUGUGGCUGAUCUCCGCCAGGAGCAGAUGGCCUCGCAGGUUGUUGAAAUAGGCCGCAAGGACCCCAAGGCUGCGGUGGCUGGCAUUUUGGAAGUGCUGAAUUUGCUGAAUGAUAAGGACCGCGAGGAGGCCAUCGCCGCUUUGCGUCGUGGUUCAAUUUUCCACAAGUAA